GUUCACGUUUUUGAGGAAGGGAACAGUAUUGAAUUAAACCCCACCUUGCCCAACGAUGCAUCGGCACACGGAGACCUUCCUCUUUCAACUUUAUCACAUGCUACAGGUCUGGGUCGGACUGAAGGCAUCCGUGCUGGAGAGGCUGUGAGAUGCUUUAGCCGGGUGAAGUGUGACGCACCAGUGCACGGAACUGGCAGACAGCUGUGGAAGAUUACGUCGGCAUUGCUUCAUCGAAGGACUUUAAAAUCCAGAUCACAAGACUUGGCGCCUCCGUAAAGUCCAGUACUAAUAGCGACCACUACCUGAAGACCCACAGUGGUGAUGGACAACGGAGGGUUUUGCGACGAUAAUUAUCAGAGUGGGAGCAGUGAUGAUGAGCUGGUGGAUAUUUCCGAAGUUACAGUGGACUUCAGUGAGGAUGUCCCGCCUCUGGAUCGAGAUUACAGCGCGGGCCACUGUAAAGAAGAAUGGAGGCCAAACAACAGUCCCAAGCUGAUGGAUCUACUGGAUGACACUGUUUCUGGCAUUGGCACCUAUGAGGACUUCAACACCAUCGACUGGGUUAGGGAGAAGUCUAAAGACCGAGAUCGGCAUAGAGAGAUCGCCAAUAAGAGUAAGCAGUCCACAGUAGCCUUGCUCUUCAGCAUCAGUGAUGCCUUUUCUGGCUGGCUUCUGAUGCUUCUAAUUGGACUCAUGUCAGGGGCCUUGGCUGGAGGUAUAGACAUUGCAGCUCAUUGGAUGACAGACCUUAAAGAGGGUGUGUGUCUGAACGGGUUUUGGUUUAAUCAUGAGCACUGCUGCUGGGCUUCCAAUGAGACCACCUUCCAGGAAAGAGACAAGUGUCCUCAGUGGAAAAGCUGGGCAGAACUCAUGAUUGGAGUCAGUGAGGGGCCUGGAUUGUAUGUGGUGAAUUAUUUCAUGUAUGUGUGCUGGGCUCUUCUCUUCGCCUUCCUCGCAGUGAUUCUGGUGCGAGCCUUUGCCCCUUAUGCCUGCGGCUCAGGAAUACCAGAGAUUAAGACCAUCCUGAGUGGCUUUAUAAUUCGGGGUUACCUGGGGAAGUGGACGUUGAUCAUCAAGACCAUCACACUGGUGCUGGCCGUCUCGUCUGGCCUCAGUCUGGGGAAAGAGGGUCCGCUGGUUCACGUAGCCUGCUGCUGCGCAAACAUCCUCUGCCAUUUCUUCACCAAAUACCGUCGAAAUGAGGCCAAGAAACGAGAGGUGUUGUCUGCAGCAUCUGCAGUGGGAGUGUCUGUAGCGUUCGGUGCUCCUAUUGGAGGAGUGCUUUUCAGUCUGGAAGAGGUCAGCUACUACUUUCCUCUGAAGACUCUGUGGCGUUCGUUCUUCGCUGCUCUGGUCGCAGCAUUCACCCUUCGCUCCAUUAAUCCCUUCGGCAACAGCCGAUUGGUCCUUUUCUACGUGGAGUUCCACACUCCCUGGCAUCUUCUGGAACUCAUACCUUUUGUGCUUUUGGGCAUCUUUGGUGGCCUUUGGGGGGCUUUCUUUAUUCGUGCUAACAUUGCCUGGUGCCGUCUCCGAAAGAACACCAGCCUUGGACGCUACCCUGUCCUUGAGGUUGUGGUGGUCGCCCUGUUAACAGCAUUACUAGCGUUCCCGAUCGAGUACACCAAGAUGAGCAGCAGCGAACUGAUCUCAGAGCUGUUUAAUGACUGUGGUCUCCUGGACUCAUCGAAACUCUGCGGCUACACCAGUAACGGUGGAAGCACAUCAGGAAGCGUUAAUGCCACUGCUGCUAAUGGUCUGGGGGCUCGGCUGGCAGGGCCGGGUCUCUAUACAGCUAUGUGGCAGCUAGCUCUCGCUCUGGUCUUAAAGAUGGUCUUCACUGUGGUUACAUUUGGCAUGAAGGUGCCCUCAGGUUUAUUCAUACCCAGUAUGGCGGUUGGGGCCAUAGCAGGCCGACUUCUUGGAGUGUGCAUGGAGCAACUGGCCAUACGCCACCACGAACAGGACAUUUUCAGAGGCUGGUGCUCUCCAGGGGCCGACUGCAUCACGCCGGGUCUGUACGCCAUGGUGGGCGCAGCAGCCUGUCUGGGUGGUGUGACCCGUAUGACUGUCUCUCUGGUGGUCAUUAUGUUCGAGCUGACGGGAGGUUUAGAGUACAUCGUGCCCCUCAUGGCUGCCGCCAUGACCAGCAAAUGGGUCGCAGACGCUCUGGGUCGUGAAAGCAUCUACGAGGCCCACAUCCGCCUCAACGGUUACCCUUUCCUGGAGGCAAAAGAAGAAUUCCGUCACAAGACUCUUGCCACAGAUGUGAUGCGUCCACGGCGGGGCGACCCACCGCUGUCUGUGCUGACGGAGAGUGAGAUGACUGUAGAGGAGGUGGAGAGACUCAUCGCAGACACCACCUACAGCGGCUUUCCUGUGGUGAUCUCCCAGCAGUCUCCCAGAUUGGUGGGCUUCGUGUUGAGGAGGGAUCUGGUCAUAUCCUUAGAAAAUGCCCGGCGGCAUCAGGAGGGUGUGGUCAGCAUGUCUCCCGUCCUGUUCACUGAAUGUGAUCCACCCCUGUCACCCAGUGCUCCUCCUGCAGUCAAACUGCGCAGCAUCUUAGACCUCAGCCCCUUUACGGUCACUGUGCACACGCCCAUGGAAAUCGUAGUGGACAUCUUCCGCAAGCUCGGCCUGCGGCAGUGCCUCGUCAUUCAUAACGGGCGCUUGCUGGGAAUCAUCACUAAAAAGGACAUUCUUAAACACAUGGCGCUGAUGGCCAACAGAGACCCGGAUUCAAUCCUCUUCAACUGAAGACUCCCAAGACUGAAUAGACACUCCUGCACGCACACACAAACACACAGAGGGCUGAAUCAUCCUGUGAUGAUGAUGAUGAUGAUGAUGGUGGUGGUGGUAGGACUGUGUGUGUCGCUGAGGUACUGUUAUUAUACAGUGGUGUGAGAGUGGCCUAAGGCAGCUUUUCACCCUUCCACCACUGGACCUGUUCAAACAGGAGCUGUUUAGCCUCUCUGGAGGCUAUAGAGACAAAAAAAGCUGUCCUCUCACACCUGUGAACCUCAUAUCAGGCCUGAUCUGAUUGGUUGCCAUCAGGACCUGCUGUAUGUGGACCAAAUGCUUUUUCCUGCCUACAUCUAUAGGGAUCAACGACUUCUUUUUGUACUUUUUUUUUUUUUUUUUUACAGUGCUUCAUUCUACUUAAAAAGUAGCUUGAACUAGCUUGAGAUGGUUGCUAGUCUCCCAGGCUGAUCUGGGUUGCUGGGUUUGGGCAUUUAUCUGAAUGAAUGAGACCGUUUUAAGCCAGCAAACAGUCUAAUAGUAGUUUAAGCUAUUUUUUUUUAGCAGGGUUUCCAUCCCUGGAGUGACGUUUGACCUCGAGAGGAACUUCAGAAGGGUGAGAACAUUCCUGAGAUGAUCUGGGAAACGUGCGUUAAGGGUGUCUUGUCAGAACCUGCAUGUGUCGAGCGAUCCCUGUGGGAAGAUGUGCCGCCUUUUGUAGAAGUGCAAUGAGAUUUGGUGUAUCAUGUUGAAGUCACAUAGAUGCACUUACUCUUUCUCAUUUAUACAUACUAGCAAAACUCCCUCAGUAGUGCCGUUCCUCUGUUUCUCAGUCUUCGAGAAGGAGGCUUUGAAGAUAACAUGCCACUUUUGGAAAGUUUAUAUGUGCAUUUGACUUCAACCGGACAGAAGCCAGUGUUGAUUUUUAUGGGGCAUUAAAAGGAUGGCUCGUCCCAAAAUACUGUAAUUUACUCACCAUUUUGACCUUCCAAACCUGUAUGGCUCCCUUUUCUUCUUUGAAACAUAAAAUAAGACGUUUCGAGAGAGUCUUAGUGGCAUUUUUGUUGAUUUGAUGAAAACCAUUAGCAACUACAACUGCUUCGUUACCAAACUCUUCAAAGUCUGUUCUUUUGUGUUCACGAGGGUGAAUAAAAAAUGACCAAAUUUUCCUUCUUGUUUGAACUAAGCCUUCAAUACUUAUGUUCUCCCUCUGUCGUUCUGCUAUUACAACAAGCUAAAACCACUGGCAUAUGUUUUCCAAAAAGUUUGUAGUGACUGCCAAACAACCAAUUUCCAUUCAGCUUCACAAACUGCAGAUCCCGCUUGGCACCACCAGGAGGCACUAUCUCACAGACCGGCCAUUCUGGACAUUGUGCGCCAUCUGAUUGAUUCCUGGCCCGCUCCCUGGGUGUGUUGCGGCAUGCUCUCAUGUCAUUACCUUCGGGACUCUUUACAUUCCCCCAACACCUUUAUGCUCAUAUUGAGCACCUGGGUCCCUCCAUGCUGUCUUUGGAGAUGCGAAUCCAUUCCUCUGUCCAUCACACUCGCUGUCUUUCUCAUGUAACCUCGCUGUCGUCCUCAGACAACCUCAGCGAAGCAUCUCCAGGCAACUCCCUCGUUUGUCCACGAGGAUCCGAUCAUGACAUAACGAGAUCCUCCCUGUAAUGAAAGGGCUAAACACAUACUCAAGUCCAUUUCCUUUGCACACUUGUUUGACUUUUGUCUCUGCGUGUUUUAAAAACCUCCACCCUGCCGUUUUUUUUUUUUUUUUAUGCAUUGAAAUUUGGGUUUGUUCAUGACCUAUUGAAGACAUUUGAUUAUUUUCAUGCCUGUUCAUAGCACUCUCUUUCCCUGCUCGCCGUAAUUCCCGUGAGCUGGAUUCGGGGCAUAGAGGUCGUAGAGGGCUAUUGUUCCUAUUCGCUCCUGCUCGUCUGGGCUCCCGGUCGCCAGGAUGUCCCCCGACCGCUUUCCUCAAGCACCGUCACGCAGCCCAGACCGCCUUCUACUCUUAGAAAGACAAUUUCCGGUCCAGUCUUUAAACAACAGCCAAUUCUGAACAGUUAUAAUAGAGCGGGGGAAAAAAAAGAAAUUCUUGCGCUCUGAUUACUGAAAGAAAAGGUGUGUGUGUGUGUGUGUGUGUGUGUGUGUGUAUUUGUGUGGGGGGCCGUAAGGGUGUUGGGAAGGAGAGAUUAUGCUUCCUUGGAAAACAUGGGAAUAUGGGAGGAGGGAGAGGAGAAAAGGUUAAUUAAACUGUGUUCACUGGUCAGUGGAGGUAUCGUUUCACAAAGGUCUCUUCUGUGUCACACGGGGGUUAUUGGAGAGACUUGGCACGAAGGACUUCCACUCAUUCCUGCAAUCCGGGUGGGUACUGAGCCUCUUUGCGCUGUAACCCAACACUCGAUUGGUGCUGAAGGAGCCGAGCCAGGACCGGGACCAAAUUAAAUGUUGUAAUGUAAAACAGGAGACCUCCUAUGUUCUUAUCUACAGAACAUAGGCCGCUUCUAAUUUUUCAACUCAGGAAGCAACAAGUAAACAGCUGUUUAGAUGUCUUUCUCUAUGCAAACACUCUGUUUAGUGCCGAAGACAAACGUUAAACCUGAGUAAACUGCUUUUACAGGCAUCCGUGAGCAUGUUUACGAUGUAUAUCCAAAGAAACCUGUGAUUUCUCUCGCGAAAAAGGCAAUACGUUUAUUACCAAAUUGCUUGGAAGGAAAAGAAAUAUGCUUUUUUAGAGAUGAAGUACCUGUUGUUUUAUUGUUAACUUUAAUAUGUAUUUAUUUGCACAAAAGUGUUUUCUAAUGCAGUAUUUGUACAUGACUGUGAUUAUAUCAUGUUGUCAAAUGAACUUUUGUCCAUCUGAAUAAAUCUGAAUGAUGCAUUCCACGCAGACUGCAUUCAUCCUGAGGU